CACGGAGGCGGCGACUCUUACCUCACAAAGGUAGCUCCUCCGCCGGCAGUAGCUCGGCGCCCGCGGUCCAGGGACCGGAACCUCGGGCCGACGGGCAGGAACCCGGGCCGCGAUCGCCGCCUCCCCGCCUCAGGCUCCUCCUCCUUGCUUUCCGCCGCCUACCCCGAACGCCCGCAGGCUCCGCACAGCCCUCGCUUGGCUAGCCGAGCUGCCCCGGGAAGCUGGGUGGCGGGUUCGCGACUGCCACGGGACUGAGGCCUACUCUGCCGCCUCUCAGUGCUAUUGUCCCUGGGCCUGGCCCUGAGCAGGUCUACUGGGGAGGGCCGAGUGCGCCGGCUCCGCGGAAGAUGCCGGAUCAAGCCCUACAGCAGAUGCUGGACAGAAGUUGCUGGGUUUGUUUUGCUACUGAUGAAGAUGAUAGAACAGCUGAAUGGGUGAGACCAUGCAGGUGCAGAGGAUCUACAAAAUGGGUUCACCAAGCCUGUCUACAACGCUGGGUGGAUGAAAAGCAAAGAGGAAAUAGUACAGCCAGAGUGGCAUGUCCUCAGUGCAAUGCCGAAUACCUAAUAGUUUUUCCAAAGUUGGGUCCAGUUGUUUACGUCUUGGAUCUUGCAGAUAGACUGAUCUCAAAAGCCUGUCCAUUUGCUGCAGCAGGAAUAAUGGUCGGCUCUAUCUAUUGGACAGCUGUGACUUAUGGAGCGGUGACAGUGAUGCAGGUUGUUGGUCAUAAAGAAGGUCUAGAUGUUAUGGAGAGAGCUGAUCCUUUAUUCCUUUUAAUUGGACUUCCUACUAUUCCUGUCAUGCUGAUAUUAGGCAAGAUGAUUCGCUGGGAGGACUAUGUGCUUAGGCUAUGGCGCAAAUACUCAAAUAAACUACAAAUUUUAAAUAGUAUAUUUCCAGGGAUUGGUUGUCCUGUUCCUCGAAUUCCAGCUGAGGCUAAUCCUUUAGCAGAUCACGUCUCUGCUACUCGAAUCUUGUGUGGAGCCCUUGUCUUUCCUACUAUUGCGACAAUAGUUGGUAAAUUGAUGUUCAGUAGUGUUAACUCUAAUUUACAAAGGACAAUCUUGGGUGGAAUUGCUUUUGUUGCCAUAAAAGGAGCAUUUAAAGUUUACUUCAAACAGCAGCAAUAUUUACGACAGGCACACCGCAAAAUUCUAAAUUAUCCAGAACAAGAAGAAGCAUAAAACUGUGACUUCUGGUUGUCCUGCAGUCCUCAUUCUUAUGAGUCUGUUUUGUUGUUUUGAUUCCAUCAUUAAUGCACUUGUGAAGGCUUGUGAUAAGCUGCUGCUCCUAUAUUUUUUAAGAAAUAUAAUAAAGCACUUAGGGCAAGGGAAAUCAUCUCGGUAAUCACGGAACCUAAGGAUGUGAUUUGUUUUCAUUGUUUAUAUGUACUACUUUUAUGGCAGUCAUAUGAACUGUUAUCUGAGCAUGGUAAACCUGGGUUUUGUUCAUAUUUUCUCCAGACAGAAAUGUAAAGAUCAAACUGUGCAAAUAUUAAAAAAAAUGGACAUGCUGUUUUAUUCAAAUGCCUCUUUUGUACAUGUUCAUGCCUAGUUGUUUUCUUAGAAUCAGCAACUCAAUGAAGGUACUAUAAGGAUUUUUCUCAUUGACAUAAUUUGAUUACAUACUAAAUAAGAGGCUAUGUUAAUAUGAGGAAAUGUAAAUUAAAUUAGUUAUAAAUAAAUAACCAAAAAUGUGUGUAAACAUUCAAACGAUUAUCUGAACA